UGUUUUAAGCAUUUACAUUUCGUAUUGUGAAUAUUUAUUUUAUGCAUGCGCCAUCAAAGUGUUUAUUGCUCAAAUAAGCGUUUUUCUAGCAAAUUUUUUUUGUUAUUUAAAACAAUGUUAUUCAUUUCUUCCGUAAAUAAAACGUAACCUAUGGAUAUAUUUUGAAAUUUUUGCAGGCAGAAACAUUAAAUUAUUGAAAUCUAUGUAUGCAAAGCAAAUAAGAACUAUGUGGAAAUUAGUGUUAACAAAUAUCUUACUGUCCAGCGUUGUACUUUUAAUGCCAAUUAUUGGCUCGACAAAUGCAGGUUCGUACAAUGACUACUUUUCGGAUUAUGAGUGCAGUACACCGCUUUUGGAUAAUGCUGUUUUAACAGCCACUUCAGCUUUAAACGAUCGUGGCCCCGAAAAAGCCAAAUUAAAUGCUGGUACAUCUUGGUCGGCUAAGAAUUCAGAUUUCGACCAACGUUUGAUUAUCGAUUUGGGGAAUGUUAAAAAUGUUACACACAUAGCUUUGCAGGGCAGAUCUCGCACCGAUGAAUUUGUUACUGAGUAUUCCAUUAGUUAUGGCAUAACUGAUUUAGAAUUCGCAGAUUAUAAAGAGCCGGGUGGCAAUGUGAAGAUGUUUAAAGGAAACUCGGAUGGCAAUUCUAUACAUUACAAUGUUUUCGAAGUACCCAUUAUUGCUCAAUGGGUGCGCAUAAACCCAACACGUUGGCACGACCGCAUAUCUAUGAGGAUUGAGUUAUAUGGCUGCGAUUACGAGGCAGAAAAUCUUUUUUUCAACGGUGCUGGUCUAGUGCGCUACAAUUUAAUACAGGAGCCAAUCGCUUCAACCCGAGAAUCGAUACGCUUUCGUUUUAAGACCGCGUAUGCUAAUGGCAUAAUGUUAUACUCGCGUGGCACCCAAGGGGACUAUUUUGCUUUGCAACUGAUGGAUAACAAAAUGGUUUUAAAUUUGGAUUUAGGUAGUGGUAUUAUGACCUCCUUAUCGGUGGGAAGUUUGCUAGAUGAUAAUGUUUGGCAUGAUGUGGUUAUAUCACGGAAUAGACGUGAUAUUAUUUUCUCUGUCGAUCGUGUGAUUGUGCGGGGUCGAAUUAAGGGCGAAUUCAGUCGCUUGAAUUUAAACCGAGAAUUGUAUGUAGGCGGUGUACCCAAUAUCCAGGAAGGCAUAUAUGUUACGCAAAACUUCACCGGGUGCAUGGAAAAUAUAUUUUUUAAUUCAACGAAUUUCAUUCGCGAUAUGAAACAGAAUUAUGAACACGGUGAUGCGUAUCGUUACAAAAAUGUUAACACAGUUUAUGCGUGUCCAUCACCUCCCAUCUAUCCAGUGACGUUUACUACACGCAAUUCGUUUGUCCGCUUAAAAGGUUACGAAGCUCAAAAAUCGUUGAAUGUUUCUUUUUAUUUUCGAACUUAUGAAGAGUCCGGCAUGAUGUUACAACAUGAAUUUCGCACUGGCGGCUAUGUGAAAGUAUUUUUAGACUACGGCAAAGUGAAAGUAGAUUUGAAAUUCACAAAUAAACCUCGCAUUAUUCUGGAUAAUUAUAAUGAGCAAUUCAAUGACGGGAAAUGGCAUUCAUUUGUCUUGACCAUUCAACGUAACCGUCUAGUUGUAGAUAUUGACCAGCGUCCGAUGACAACCACUAAGAAUAUUGAAAUUUCCACGGGCCGUUUAUAUUACCUAGCAGGCGGAAUUGAAAAAAAUAACGGCUUUGUAGGCUGUAUGCGUUUGAUUUUGGUCGACGGAAAUUACAAAUUACCGAAAGAUUGGGUUGAAGGUGAGGAAGUAUGCUGUGGCGAUGAAGUUGUUGUAGAUGCUUGUCAAAUGAUUGAUCGUUGUAAUCCUAAUCCUUGCCAGCACAAUGGUAACUGCCAUCAGAAUUCUAUGGAAUUCUUUUGCGAUUGUUCCAACACAGGUUAUGCUGGAGCCGUAUGUCAUACUUCAAAUAAUCCCUUAUCUUGCCAAGCUUAUAAGAAUGUUCAACAUGUCCAACAGCGAGUUAAUAUAAACAUUGAUGUGGAUGGCAGCGGCCCGUUAGCACCUUUUCCGGUUGUCUGUGAAUUCUACUCUGACGGUCGUGUUAUAACCACCUUAGGUCACAGUCAAGAACAUACCACCACCGUAGAUGGUUUCCAAGAACCUGGGUCUUUUAAACAAAAUAUAUUAUACGAUGCCGAUUCAGAGCAAAUAGAAGCCCUGCUUAAUCGGUCGCACACAUGCUGGCAACGCUUAACUUACGCUUGUCGUUCUUCAAGACUUUUCAAUUCUCCAUCUGAAGUUGGUAACUUUCGUCCAUUUUCGUGGUGGAUGUCACGUCAAAAUCAACCCAUGGAUUACUGGCCAGGUGCCUUGCCGGGUUCACGCAAAUGUGAAUGUGGAAUAUUAGGCAAAUGUCAAGAUCCCACGAAGUGGUGUAACUGUGAUUCAAACAGUAUGGAAUGGACUGAAGAUGGAGGCGAUAUACGUGAGAAGGAAUAUUUACCAGUAAGGGCUUUGAAAUUCGGCGAUACUGGAACUCCGCUUGAUGAGAAGCAAGGUCGUUAUACUUUGGGUCCUUUGCGUUGCGAAGGCGAUGACCUAUUUAGUAAUGUGGUUACCUUUCGUAUUGCUGACGCGACUAUAAAUUUGCCGCCUUUUGAUAUGGGACAUUCGGGAGAUAUUUAUUUGGAAUUUAAAACUACUCUUGAAAAUGCAGUCAUCUUUCAUGCUACGGGUCCUACGGAUUACAUCAAAUUGAGUAUAAUUGGUGGCAAUAAAGUGCAGUUUCAAUAUCAAGCUGGGAGUGGACCACUGGGUGUCAAUGUCGGCACCAGCUAUCGGCUGAAUGACAAUGUAUGGCAUACGGUUAGCGUGGAGAGAAAUAGAAAGGAAGCGCGUUUAGUUGUGGAUGGUUCUAUUAAGGCAGAAGUAAGAGAACCACCCGGUCCAGUGAGAGCUUUACAUUUGACAUCGGAUUUGGUCUUGGGUGCCACAACCGAGUAUAGAGAUGGUUACGUGGGUUGUAUUAGGGCACUUCUACUUAAUGGGAAAAUGAUUGAUUUAAAACAGUACACCGUACACGGUUUGUAUGGAAUAACCGCUGGAUGUGUAGGCCGAUGUGAGUCCAAUCCCUGUUUGAAUAAUGGUACUUGCACGGAACGUUAUGAUGGAUAUUCAUGUGAUUGCCGCUGGAGUGCUUUUAAAGGACCAAUAUGCGCGGACGAAAUUGGUGUUAACUUAAGGAGCAGUUCAUUUAUACGUUAUGAUUUCGAAGGUUCAUUUCGUUCUACAAUUGCAGAGAAUAUACGCGUCGGCUUUACGACAACUAUAACUAAAGGCUUUCUUUUGGGUCUCUCGUCUAAUUUGACCGGCGAGUACUUAACCCUGGCAAUUUCAAACUCCGGUUAUUUGCGUUGUAUUUUUGAUUUCGGAUUUGAACGACAGGAAAUUAUCUUUCCCAAAAAACAUUUCGGGUUAGGCCAAUAUCAUGAUGUACGUUUCAUGCGGAAAAAUGGCGGCUCGACCGUGGUUUUGCAAGUUGAUAAUUAUGAGCCUGUUGAAUAUCAUUUCGAUAUUAAAGCUUCAGCUGACGCCCAGUUUAAUAACGUUCAAUAUCUAUAUAUUGGUAAAAAUGAGUCGAUGACUGACGGUUUUGCGGGUUGCGUGUCACGUGUGCAAUUCGAUGACAUAUAUCCACUGAAAUUACUUUUCCAAGAAAAUCCUCCAUCGAACGUGAAAUCAUUGGGAACUCCUGUAACGGAAGACUUUUGCGGUGUAGAACCAGUUACACAUCCCCCAAUAGAAAUUGAGACACGACCGCCACCCCUUAUUGAUGAAGAGAAAUUACGCAAAGCUUACAAUGAAGUAGAUUCUGUACUUUUGGGCUGCCUUUUAACAGUAUUGUUGUUAUUGCUGUGCCUGAUGGUAUUUUUGAUUGGUCGUUAUUUACAUCGCCACAAAGGGGACUACCUGACUCACGAAGAUCAAGGUGCUGAUGGAGCCGAAGACCCCGAUGAAGCCGUUAUACAUUCGGCUACAGGACAUCAGGUUACAAAGAGGAAAGAAUGGUUUAUAUAGUUCGAUAUGUCGGAGGUAGCUGCUUGGGAAAAUUAAAAGACCUUAGUUGCUUUUAUGUUAAGAAAAAAAUUAAUCUAAAUUGUUAAGAAACAGAAAAAGAAGAAGAGGAACAUUAAUUUUCGUUUUUUUUCUUUGAAUUUCUAAAAAUACUGUUUAUUUAAAAGGAGUCGUAACGAGAUUAAGUGCUUAUAUAAUAUGCAUCAUCUCCUGUUUAGAAUUAAAUAACUUUUGCCAUUUUUAUGUAUAUGACACAAAACACAAGAACCAUAGAUUUAAAGAAGUACACAUUAUUUUAGAUUAAAUUCCUUUUGAACUUUUGAUGAUGAUAAUAUGGAGUGCAAGCACUUGUGUUUUGUGCACUAAAUUCUUGUUUGAAAAAUUUGGUAUCAUAAAUUAUUCUUAUUUAAAUUUAUCACUUUGAACCGUCCACCAUUUGUACUUUAUUUUAAUUAAUUCUUCUUUAGUCUUAUUUUUAUAAGCGUUUUUAUUUUCAUGUUCAUUUUCAUGAGCGUUACAUACAUGCACAAUUUAAUAUAGAAGAUACAUUGAAUUAAUUGAUUUGAUAUGUUGGAAGGUUUUUAGCUUUAAAAGAACGCAUAUAACGCAUAUAAAGAAUGCAACGUUUCAAAAAUUGUAGGCGAAUUUUUAUAAUAAGAACAACACGUUUUUAUAUUCAUAUUCAAUUUAUCUUUGCGCGUUUCGAUUUUCAGGCGCUUAGUUUAUAGCUACUUCUAUCGUCAUAUUAAAUUACCACAUUUGGUUUGGUUUUUUUUUUUUUAUUUGAUACUCGAAAAGCUCCAAAAAUAGAGAUCUAUUUUGAGAAAAAACAAAAAAUUUCAUAAUACUUUUGCUCAUAGUAUAUGGCUCAUCCAAAAAUGUUGUGCAAAUAUAUUUCAGAAAGUUAAAUUUAAAAACAAUCAUAAUCGGCGCAGUACCAUCAGUACUUAAUUUUCAGUAUUAACUUGUAUGAUUUUUAGUAAUGUUAGUCAUUAUACAAUCCGAUAAAAUUUUCGUAAAAACAUCAGUUUUUAUUGCCACUUUUGUAACAUCCUGUAUAUAAUGAGCACAACAUUUUUUUUGCGAACGAUUCUAGCAUAUUUUUUAAUUUGAUCUCUUGCAUCGAUGCAAAAUACUAUAUACGAAAAUCUCUAUGGAAUGAACUUUCUGUCUGAAUUUUUGAAACUUUGAGAAUUUUAAGAGGGAAAUGCAACUUGAUAUGAUUUAAAGAAAUAAAUAUAUAUGUAUAAAAAGUCGGUUGGUAGUUUAAUAUUUUAAUUACGGUUUCACCAAGCAAUGAAAUGUGAACUAUUGUAUGUCAUAUUGGAUAGACACGCAGGCAUAUUAGAGACACAUUUUGGUUAAGCUAACGUUUCAUCGGAUAUUUUACAACAUUAAAAUAUCAUUAAGUUAACAUCUUUUCAACGCAUUAGCAAUUAGCGAACAAUUUUUAUGAAAUAAUUUUAAAACACGAUUUUCACAAAUUUUUAAUAAUUUAUAAAAUUAAGUAGCACACGCACAAACACACACACGCACGCAUGCACACACACGUACACACAGGAACAUGCGACCGACCAAAGGUCUGCCGACGAUGUGAAGAAGAUGGGCACAUCGCAAAAGAGUGCUCCGAAGAUCCUCGGUGUGAUAUCUGUAAAGGCACGCCAAAUGUGGACGCUAAACGUAUAGCGGGGAGCAGCAUGUGCCCUUUAUUCAAACGUACUUUAGCUGCUAGAGAACGCGAAUGAGAAUAAUGCAGAUUAAUCUCAACCACGGCGAAGCAGCUCAUGAUCUGUUCAGACAAACGGUCAUAGAGAAGAAGGUAGACAUGUUGCUGAUCAGCGAAUCUUUCAGAAGUAUGAGUCGUGGAAGAUGGAUCGCCGAUGCAGCAAGGAAAGCAGCAACCUGGUCAUUAGAAUCUGCACUCCUGAAUGAAGGUGGCUAGCACAACGGCUACACGCGGGCGAGAAUUCGGGACACAUACUACUACGGUUGCUAUGCACCCCAAGCUGGACGCAGGGGAAGUUCCUGAAUAUGUUUGAUGAAUUAGUAGCGGAUGGCCGCAGCAAACCGCUGGUCAUAAUCGCGGGAGACUUUAACGCCUGGCCGGUGGAAUGGGACAGUAGAACCACUAAUGCUUCUGGAAGCGUUACCAUUGACGUUAAUGAAUGACUGUCAAAAACAUACGUUCAGGAGAGCGGAUUUCGAAUCAAUGAUCGACAUCACGUUCGUGAGCGAUAGCAUGAUGCCAAAGUGUAGAUGGACGCUCUUUGAAGGCUACACGGACAGCGAACACCAAGCCAUCUUUAUAGGGGUCGAGGUCCGGCGAUGCAGAGGAAAUAGAGGUCUGACGCACAGGGGUCCGAAGUGGAAGGACGACGAAGAAACCUUCAAGUUGACUUUCUCUUCGCGUGCGAUAAACGGUGAGAACACGGAGCAGCUCGUACACGAUGUGUGUGUACCGCUAUAAACGACGCGUCAAUGUUUAGAAGAAGGACGUGCAAAAAAGGCGCCCCGUGCUACUGGUUGAACGCGGAAAUAAGUUCGGCCAGGAAGGAGUGCCUUAAAGCCAGAAGAUUGGUCUCGCGAUAUAGGAAAAAGCCAAACUUCGACAGUCGGGUCCACAACUACAAGUGCUGCGCGGUGACUUGAAGAAAGCCAUUAGGCGCAGCAAGAGAAGCUGUUUCGAGACUCUGUGCAGAGAGGCAGACCCUUGAGGAACUGCGUACAAAGUGGUGCUGAAGAAAUUUAAAGGGACGGCCGGCCACAAGUCACGUGCCCUGCCUUGCUGAGCAAAAUUGUAACAAAACUUUUCCCGCAAACGCCGCCAUACGUAUCAGAGGAUUUCAUCAAAGGGUAGCAAGAACCACCCCCGGUUAUUGUUAUGGAAGACGUGCUUGCGGUCAGCGAAGCAAUUGGCGACAAAAAGGCUCCAGGUCCGGACGGAACUCCUAAUAAAGCGCUGAAGACGGCGAUUAGGGUAAGACCGGAGAUAUUUGCCCAACUUCUGCAACCAUGUCGCAGAGAGAGAGUCUUUCCGAGAAAUGGAAGAUGCAGAGGCUGGUCCUGAUCCCUAAAAGUAGCAAGCCAUCGGCUGGUCCAUCGUCAUACAGGCCUGUCUGUUUUCUGGAUACGAUGGGCAAACUGCUGGAAUCAGUAGUAUACGAAAGUCUACUGCUAGUAGCCGAAGAAAAUGGUGCCCUAUCCAAUAAUCAGUACGGCUUCAGAAGAACGCGGUCGACAAUAGAUGCCAUAAAACACCUAGUGAGGCUGGCAUCCGACUCCAUAGCCGGGGAUAGAUGGAAAGGUGGUCCCAAAAAAUACUGUGCCCUGAUUACACUUACCGUUGAAAACGUCUUUAACUUGGCGAAUUGGGGAGCUAUCGGUUAGGCUCUUAUAAAAGCGCAGGUUCCAAGGUAUUACUAGAUAUCAUAACGAGUUACCUGUCGAACCGCACGUUGGUGUAUGAAAGCGAGAACGGCACAGAAUUGUAUAAAAUAUCAGCCGACGCCUCACAAGGGUCUGUUCUUGGCCGUCUCUUGUGGAAUAUAAUGUAUCACGACGUUCUGAAGUUCCUGCUAUCCACCAGCACUACAAGUUUUGGAUUCGCCGACGACGUAGCGAUAGUGGCGCUCGCAAAGCAAAUUACAGACAUAGAAGCGGAAGCUACCGAGGCAAUCAUCGUCAUCAGAAGGUGGCUAAACAAUGUGGGCAUAGAGCUGGCUGAACAUAAAACUGAAGUUGUGCUUGUGAGCAGCCGGAAAAAGCCAGAGACGUGCAUGAUUAGAAUCGGGGAUCACAUAGUGCAAUCAGUCCCCGCCCUCAAAUCUCUGGGGGUCAUAAUUGACCAUCGCCUCAACUUCAGGUGUCAUAUUGAUUACGUGGCGAAGAAAGCGGCAUUAUGUAUACGAGACAAGUGUGGGCGUGUGCACUGAUUGUAAAGACGGCACUCCGAAAAUUGGCGGCGAUAUAUCGCCUUAGGCAGGUUUGCGCAUUCGGCACCGUGUCAGAAGAAGCAGUGCUAGUGCUAGCUGGCGUUCUGCCAGUCGACAUUCUGGCCGACGAGAUGAGCCGCAUCUACGAGCUGCGUCGCGGCAACGAGCUCUCCUCACGCGUUAUAAGAACCAAGGAAGGGGUAGCCUCGUUGAAGAUAUGGCAGUCGAGGUGGGAAAGAAUGACUAAAGAAAGAUGGACGUUUGCUCUUGUUCCUAGCAUAAGAUGAUGGGUUGAAAGACGCCACGGCGGGGGAAACUAUUACCUCACCCAGCUUCUGACUGGCCAUGGCUGCUUUCGGAAGUAGCUGCACAGAUUCGGGCACGACAGCUCGCCUGAUAUGCGCGGAUACGGAGGAAGACGCAGAGCACGUAAUUUUCUACUGCUGCAGAUUUGAGAACGACCUCAAGUGCAACCUAACGAAAUAACGAGCGUAAUGAUCGGUAGUGCAGCAGCUUUGAACGCCGUAAACGCGUUCGCAAGCAAUGCCGUCGAGACGUUAUGGCGAAUGGAGAGACCACGGGUGGAGAGCAGAGGGAGUGGAAGCCAAUAGUGUAUUCCACUGAGUUUCCACCAUCGGAAUCGUGCUAACGACAACCGGCCUCCGCGAAGUAGUACUUAACGGUGGUCCCGCGGUGGGUUGUAGAAGAAAGGUGUAGCGGGGUAGUUUUUAGUACGUAUGCGUCAUGGAUAGCGAAUCGUGCAUGCUGCUACUAAGAGCAUCUUUUGAAGAUUUUUUACCUACAGGUCGGAGAGCAAAAAAGACACACACACAAACACACACACACACACGCGUACACACACACGUACACGUACACGCACAUGGUAGUGUCUGGUGAAUUUAAUAUCAAUAAAAUAUUUAAUUUUAUUGAAGCGACUAUAGUAACCAUAUAGUGUAUCCUAUGAAAAAAGAAAAGCCGAUAGUUUUAGUUGCCAGUGCUUGAUCUGCUUUUAGGCCUGGAAUCUAUUUCUUCGGUUGAAUAAAUUGUAAUAAUAAUUAUAAUAGUAAUUAUUAAUAAAAAUUUUGCUUUUAAAACCAUUCGCCUGAGUCGCCGAGUACACAAAGAAUCUCGACCAACACGACAAUGGUCGUGGGUUUAAAUUUCAAAUGGGGUAG